CGCCGUCACAUUCUCGUCACCGCACGCGAUCCCGUGCAAACUACGAACACAAACUUAACUUUGUUAACUUAUACGAGCUUAUAAAUAUAUAUUUUCGUAGAUGUAUAUUCAGUGUUAGUAGCUUUUAGUGAUGUGCGAUGGCUAAGCGGCGGGUCGUGCGUUGGUCUAGUUGGCAAUUGCGACGGCUGGCUACUUGCGCAUGGGCAUGCGCCGUUCUUUUACCGCUUCUUACUGAUGUCCACGCUGAUGUGGAUACAUCAACUGGUCAUGGAGACAACACACUUACCAAUUCAGUGGUGGAGGAGCCAGAGUUCACAGAAGUCAUACAAAACGUAACGGUUCCUGCGGGUCGCAGCGUGCGGCUCGCUUGCUCCGUCAAAAACCUCGGCUCCUAUAAGGUUGCGUGGAUGCACUUUGAACAGUCCGCUAUACUGACUGUGCAUAAUCACGUUAUUACGAGGAACCCACGGGUGAGCGUGACUCACGACAAACACAGGACGUGGUUCCUUCACAUUUCCGACGUGCGGGAAGAGGAUCGCGGUCGCUACAUGUGUCAAAUUAAUACCGUCACAGCCAAAACACAGUUUGGAUAUUUACAUGUUGUUGUGCCGCCGUCCAUCGACGAUUCCUUGAGUUCGAGCGACGUUAUCGUCCGAGAGGGCGCGAACGUCACUCUGACCUGUCGGGCUAAUGGCUCUCCUAAGCCGACCAUCAAGUGGAAACGAGAUGACAACUCAAAAAUCUCCAUCAGCAAAGGAUAUACUGUUUCAGAAUGGGAAGGCGAAGUAUUAGAAAUGGCAAGGAUAUCCAGAUUAGAUAUGGGAGCGUAUUUAUGUAUCGCUAGUAAUGGAGUCCCGCCUACAGUCUCAAAGCGAGUCAAAGUUAGCGUAGACUUUCCCCCAAUGUUAUGGAUACCUCAUCAACUCGUCGGUGCACCGCUUUAUUACAAUGUUACGCUAGAAUGCUUUACCGAGGCCCAUCCAACUUCAUUAAAUUAUUGGACUCGAGAUGACGGACAUAUGAUACACGAGAGUCCUAAAUAUCACAUGGAAAAUAGCGUUGGAUUACCAGCAUACAAAACACAUAUGAGACUACUUAUACGUCAUAUAGUUUCAGAAGAUUACGGCACUUAUAAAUGUGUAGCGAAAAAUCCGAGGGGAGAGUCCGAUGGAACGAUACGCUUAUACACUUCUUCGCCACCUACAACUACACCAGAUCCAAGAGCAUUGACACAACCACCGCCAUCUAAGCCACCAGGACGGGACUCUCCAAGUACAGACAAAGGAACGAAAUAUCAAUCAAACUUGAACGAGAUCGAUAAAGGAAAGCAGAAGCCAGACGAGGGAGGCGGAAAGGCGCAUCUUAACUGGGUGGGAGGUGCAUCACAGGUCACAGAUGAAGCCACCGAUAACAGAUAUCAAACCUGGAUUUUAAUUUCAAUUUUUGUUUAUGCGUUACUGUAGGUAUUACAUAGGACAUUUAAAACAGCUCCUAAUCUAUCGAAACUAUAUCUUAUGCACCUACGAGCACCUAUCUGUAAUAUCAUAGAGCUUACCGUAUUUUAGAAAUGUAUUAUAAUUAUGAUUUGGCACAUGCGCACGCUCAAUACUUUUUAUUAUGUAUGUUAAUAAUAAGCACAAAUCUAUAAUCAGCUUUGUUAAAUCCAUGAUUAAAGUUACAAGAACUAUUUCUCCAUGGAUACAGAUACUUCAUACUCCAUACAGACCUGUUUUGCGUCUUGUUGAUACAUUACAUGUUACUUGAUGAUACAUUAAAUUCCGGUAGUUAAAUCUAGAUUUGAAAUAUACUAUUGUUGAUCGCUGAAGUAAUCGGUGCUUUAUUUCAUAACACCUAUUACUCAAUAUACCUGAGCGCGUAGUAAUUGCAUUGAAGGAAUAUAAAUUCAAAUCUUCUUAAUUUAUUUGGUUUGCUUUUAUAAUUUACAUAUAUAAAAGUACUUAUUCUUCGUUUAUACCCGAAGUAGUGAAAAUUUCAUUACUGGCCAAGUUUUAAUCUACUAUAUUUAUUUAUAGAACUAUUUUUUUAUUGUGACAGUUAUUUAAUGUCCCACCGAAUAAAUAUAAAAAACAUGGCGUCACAAUAUCUGGCUUUUGUAAUUGAAAUGAAAUGUAUUGCAGCACUUUUUUUAGUGAUAUUUUAACCUAGUAAAAAAAGUUGUAAAACGUAAUUUCUUUUAUUUGGAAAGUCUUCAACUACGGUGAAAAAGUUCUUAAAUGUAUGGGGAGGCGAGGGCAUGGAAAAUGGAAUCUUUUGCCAAGAAAAUGCCAAAGCUUGGUAUUGUAUUGCAACCCGAUCGGUAGCCAGUAGCAAUGAAACUUGUUAAAUAUUCCAUGUUAGGUACUCGCUUGUCAUACUACUUACUAUUUUUGACGCAUUAAUAAGUUUGUUUUUCACGUAUAUCAUUGUAUGAAAAUUUCUUCUGUCAAUUAAAUAUAAUAUAUCGAUUUAGUGUCGCUAGCAUAUUUGAUCUGGUGACAAAAAGUCAUCACUUUAAUCAGGUCAGAUAAGUUCGUGACAUUAUACGUAAAUGUUAACGAUAACUUGUUGCCAAAUUGCUAAUUAUAAGAUAAAUGCUGCAUAGAUUAUAUUGUAAAUAUAAUAUAUAAGCAAAUUAAAGGAAUGUGUUAAUUAAGAGAGAGUGUAUUGUUUGUUUACAUUGUAUUGAUUGAUAUAAACAAUUGUAAUACGUGGACAUGACGUACCAUGAAUAUAUAUAAG